CAGGGCAGACGGAGCUCCGUGGCCGGCGCUGCUGGGUGGCUGGCGCCUGAAGUGGUGACAGGUCAACCAUGUGGCCCCAAAGUGGACAUAUGGUCUUUGGGAAUUGUGGGCAUCGAAAUGGUGGAACAAGAAGUUCCUUCCUGGAAUGCAACUCCUGUCUUGCCCCAACUCCUGAUAGCCACAGGAGGAAGACAAAAGCUGCAGCAGCCCAACCUAUUUUCAUCUUGCCUGCGUGACUUCCUGAGCUGCUGCCUGCAGAGAGACGAGGCGCGGCGCUGGUCUGCCAAGGAGCUCCUGCAGCAUCCAUUUGUAAGAUUUGCUGAGCCUGCAUCCAGCCUGGUGCCACUAAUUGUUUCAGUGAAGAAGAGGAAGGAGACAAGAAUGUGACAAUCACAUCAGGACCAUUUAUUCCUCAAUCAGUUUAGAGUAGGAUUGUAGGUUAGGAUUAGGAUUAGGAUAAGGAUUAGGAUUAGGAUUAGGAUUAGGAUUAGGAUUAGGAUUAGGAUUAGAUUAAGGAUAAGGAUAAGGAUAAGGAUAAGGAUAAGGAUAAGGAUAAGGAUAAGGAUAAGGAUAAGGAUAAGGAUAAGGAUUAAGAUUAGGAUGAGGAUAAGGAUAAGGAUAAGGAUAAGGAUAAGGAUAAGGAUAAGGAUAAGGAUAAGGAUAAGGAUAAGGAUAAGGAUAAGGAUAAGGAUAAGGAUUAGGGUUAAGGUAAGGGUUAGGGUUAGAGUAGGAUUGUCUAAUAGGACUGCAGAGUAGGAUUGAAAAUCAAUAAAGUUUCUGAAACCACAACUCACCUUGAAGAUUCCCUUCCUUCUCACUCUGCGAAUAAACUCGAGAAUUCCUUCUGAA